AUCUUUUUUAUUCCCUUCCCUUCCCAUCGUGAAUUGCCCAGGAGAAAUAGCGCGCAGAGAGAGAGAGAAGAGAGUAGCGCAGCCUGCAACCACCCAAAUACGCAACGCCCCAAGAGAUAGAGCCGCCCAGGGAUUCUUCAGACGGAGAGCCGCCCACUCCUUGUCUCCCUCACGCCCUUGCUCCUCAGUCUUCAAAUCCUCAGCGACGAUCGUACGUGACUCAAGAACUGACCUCAACUCAGCCUCGCCUGGUCGCCCCUCAGCCACUUUAGUAAGCCCUCUACGGCUCUGCUCCUCUACCUCACGACGCCGAGUCAUUAAGACUCCAGAUUCCAGAGUAGUCUGGGCUCCUCUGUUUCAGCCAGUGAGAUUCAAAGUUUGGAAUGGAGGACACACCUAAAGUAGAGGAGGAAUUGUCUGAGUUGGCCUCUGAAAAUGCACCUCAGAAGAUGCAAGAAACCAGGGAAGAGAUGCUUUCUAGGCACAGAAAAGAGAUUUCCAAGCUACAGGACAAAGAAACUGCAAUGAAAAAGGCAGCUGCAAAAGGUAGCAAGGCGGAGCAGAAAGCUAAGAAGAAACAAGUAGAUGAAGAGAUGUCUAAACUUUUGACAGAGCUCAAAGAACAACAUUCUGCAGAACUUGCUUCUCUGGGCUAUAGUGGUAAUAUCAAUGGGAAAGAUAAAGGAACUCUUGAAAAUUUGGUGAAUGCCAUUGCUGGGGUAUCUGUCAGCAAUCAAGCUGAACAUUCAAAGCCUAGUAAGAGUGUCAAGAGGCGUGAAAAAAGAGCUCAACAAGAAGCAGCCAGAGAGCAAAGAAUACAAGAAGAGCAGAGUAAUAUUACAAGUGAUCGGGUCAUUGAGAAUGAGAAGCUGGAAAAGAAGCUUGAACCCCUUGGAUUGACCAUUAAUGAAAUAAAGCCUGAUGGACACUGUCUCUAUAGAGCUGUUGAGAAUCAGCUAGCUCUACAUUCUGGAGGCUCAUCUCCUUAUACUUACCAAGAACUACGACAGAUGGUGGCUGCUUACAUGAGGAAGCAUGCAUCUGAUUUCCUUCCUUUUUUCCUCUCUGAGAAUAUUAUUGAAGGCGAAUCAGAUGAUUCUCUUAUGCAGAGGUUUGAUAACUAUUGUAGAGAAGUGGAGUCAACUGCAGCAUGGGGAGGACAACUUGAGCUCGGUGCCCUCACUCAUAUCUUAAAGAAACAUAUCCUGAUAUAUUCAGGAUCUUUCCCUGAUGUGGAGAUGGGAAAGGAAUACAAACCCACCAGUGUAGCUGCCUCAUUUGAGCCAAGUAUCAUGCUAUCAUACCACAGGCAUGCAUACGGACUUGGCGAGCAUUAUAACUCGGUCAUCCCCAACUCAGCUUGAUAGCUAUGCAUAUGUCAGAUGAUCGAGGUUUCCUUCACUAGUAUACCAUUGACCUAGUACUUGUAUUUUCACAAAAUAUUUAAUUUAUAGUUGAUGCAAUUUCGAUGUUGGUGUUCUACUUUCUGACUUUAGAUUUGUUUGAUGACAAUUAAUACAUAUUGUUGACUGUUUCAUAAUGUUUUUGUGCUUUGGCGUGCCUUUUUGAAUGCAAAGAGAAACCAACACCUCAUUUGAACUA